AUGGUUGAGCCACAAGCGGAAGUCCAAGCGCCACAAAUGGCCCAGACGCCACAAAUAUUUAUAGCGCCAUCGAAUUUGCCACCGACAAAAUCGCUUAUAUUCGACGAUAACUUGGCAACUACAUGGGAGUCUUGGAAGAAAUCAUGGACACGGUACGAGAUUGCAACAGGUGUACAAAAACAAGAAGGUAUUGUCAGAGUAUCAACCUUGUUAAGAGCAAUCGGCGAGGGCGGUGUUAAGGCAUAUGACACUUUUACUUGGGGCGAAGAUGAAAAUCAAAAUGAUGUUGAUAUUGUACUUAAAAAAUUUGAUGAAUAUUGUUCACAGAGAACUCAAAUAAUGUAUGAACGAUACCGUUUCAACAAUAGAAACCAGGUACCUGGAGAAAACAUCGCAACCUACCUAACAGAACUGAGAACAAUCGCCAGAAAUUGUGCACAUGACUCGAUUACACCAGACGAAAUUUUACGGGAUCGUCUUGUUUUAGGCAUUCGUGAUGACCACGUCCGAGAACGUUUAUUGAGGCUAAACGAUCUUACGUUACAGAAGGCAGUCGACACUAUCAAAGCCGCGGAACAAACACAGCAGCAAGUCAAGCUCAUGAGCAUCGGAGAAGAUUUUGUAAACACGCUAAGGAGAACACAACCAGAAGACGCCGGUAUUGAAAGUAAACAAUAUCGAAAGACAAAACCGCCGAGAUAUUCAAUGCGAAACCGCCAGCAGGAAGGAUU